AGAUCUUCCAACACUUGAUAGCAGUUCCUAAGUGAAGGCUUGCAGCUAAAGACAGGAGCAGUAUCAACAGCUGCCUCCUCUCUGUCCGACUGAACCAUUACACAGAGUCAUUGAGGAGAAGAUGUUUCUUCAGUUUAAUUUGCCUCAGUGAUCACAAGAAGGGAUUUUAUUGCCGACCAACUUGUGAAUUAUGACUGAAUGAUGAUAUUUCUCUGGACAACAAAAAUGGAUAUGAGCUGCAAGUCUCUAAUUCUUCUUUUCCUUGUCAUCUGCAUGAACUCUCUGUCAGUGGCAGGACUGGACGUCCCUCUGCCUGAUGACCUGAUGGUGAACAUUUCGGAUGGGGAGGUACUAAUAUAUUGGAAACGUCCUGCGGACGCCCCCUUGAACUCCAAGUACAAUGUACAGAUGAGAACGUCCAAUGGUAACUGGACCGAGGUGCAAAGCUGUACUGGGAUCACAAACUGCUACUGUGACCUGAGCAGCCUUAUAUAUGACUAUAACGCUAUGUACAGGGUCAAAGUUCAGCUGGUCGCAGGAGACGACACAUCUCGGUGGACAGCAGUAAAGAGAGUUCGCCUUUUUGAAAGUGAACUGCAGCCGCCCUCCUUCACUUUGCUGGCUACUUCCAGCACUCUGUCAGUUAAGGUUCAUCAGAAACUCAUUCUGAGAAAGCUCUUUUCUUAUGGGCUCACCUACACCAUCUACCUGGAGGAGACGGAGCAAGAUAAGAUUACCAUAGCAUACCUGAGAGAUGAUGAUCUUGAUGGGAUGGAGCAGAAGACCACGACUUUCGAUUCUCUCCACUGGGGAAAAAUGUACUGUGUCAGCAUAAAGGUGGAGGGUAUCGGAGCCCGCUCUGUGAGUGAUGUGUCUCCUAAACAGUGUCUGCUGCUACCGGAGAGAGAGUGGUACAUCAUUGCUGUAUCAUCUCUGUCUAUUCUGGGUGUGCUGUUAAUCGUCAUUGUCAUUGCGACCAUCGUCCUGUGUUACGUGAAACUCCCAGGGAAAACACCUGCUGCGUUGAAAUCCCCUGAAAGUUACUGGCUUCCCCUCGCAGUUGAAGAGGGCGCCGUGGAGGUUGUCACCGACAGAGGAUGGUUCCUAUCCAGUUACGGAACAGAAGUGAAAACCGACAUAUAUCACCUGGAGACCCAUAUCGCAAUGACGGAGGACAAUGAAAAGGAGGAGGACAGGAGGACAAGCGGGGAGUCAAACUCUGCCACAAGCAACGGAGGAUCUCCCCUAACGAGACAAGACGACAGCGGCUGCGGCAGCUGGGGAGGAACAGAGAGCUCCACCGGCAGUCAGACAGAUUACUCCCUGCAGGACGAGAGGAGCGAUGCUGACAAAGUUCGUAAAAGGGAGGAUAGCGGAGUGGGGCUGGGCUGCCAGCUGGACUCUUCAUCAGUGGAACUGGAUGGACCGGACAUCAGGCCCCUAAAGGAGUCCGUCCCUGUGGGUAGCUACCGCACACAGAGCCCCCCUGCUGUGCAUACGUGUGUUAGUGAUGAUGAGGAGGCGUUUAAACAGAUUCUUCCAGAUACAGUUUUGGCCGAAGUGGUCACAGGUUACAGAGCUGGCCCUCAGGCGUGUAUCUGUUCGGGAGCAGGUCAGUGCACUUGGUGCCAUAAGCAGGGUCAUAACGGAGCUGAGGUCAUCAAACAAUACAGAUCAACCUGUAUAGAGAAUGUGCCACUGAGCAGCAAGUGUGAUUUUGUGGACUCUUACAAAGCGGGUCUUACAUUUUCUAGUUAUUCUCAAAAAUCGCAAAUGGACACGGUCAUGAUGGACGAUUUAAAAAACAUGUUUAAACAACUUGGGGACACUUUCCCUCUGCUAUCGACUUUACCCCCACUUGUAGAGGGAGGACAUGACUUCAAUAUGAACAGUGUGUGCCUCUCCCUCAAUGACGUACAGCUGACAACUGACUGAUACUGUGAAGCAACAACGCUAUAUAUAAAACAACGUAUCAUGGACCUGUACACUCCCUCGUCCCGACAUGAAACACUCUGAGUCAUGAAAUGGUGGCAUCUGUUAGUUCUGGGGAGUAUGUUGGAGUAUUUUCUUGACUUCCAAAUCUCAAGUGUGGGAGGAAACGAAGCACUUGUUGCUCAUAUAGGAAGGAAAUAAGAACCAGACAGCUGCUGGCUGAUAUCUGUUUGAGUCUCGUGAGCUUAUACAGAUGGAGCCUGAACUUCAUGCAGCCGUUUCCCACUGGGUAUACACACAGCUGACUAGAAGGCAGCAAGCCGGAAGUGAAACUGGCGUGGGGAGUAAUGUGGAGGAACGGUUAAACAGUUACGUGCUUUCGGACAUUUUGCUUUUACAUCUCUGACAACAUGAAAUCAUCUUUAAAGUUUCGGUCACAUUUCCACUGUUUUUGUGUACUGGUUUCUAGAGAAGCACUGAAUUAAGCACCACACAUUUCUUGUCAUUUUCUAUAAUGAGCAGGAUGUUUUUUUACAGAUUGUUUUGCAUUUUUUUCCGACAAAGCAAGUGACUUUUAUGUGACAUACUGCAGACCUGUCUUUAAGCUACUUCCAUUUAUUUAUUUGAUGUUAUUUAAAA